CGCCCGGCAGCAUGGAGGCGCUGGCAGGCCCCGCCGGCCGCUGAGAUGGAAGGGGACGGGGCUGAUGGGGGAGGACCCUCCCCGCCACCGUCCAGGACCCUGCAGCGGCUCCGACCUCAAGGGCCAGUACUGGACUGAUGAUGACUCCGAUGGGGACAAUGAGUCCGAGGAGUUCCUCUAUGGCGUCCAGGGGACCUGCGCUGCCGACCUGUACCGUCACCCACAGCUGGAUGCCGACAUCGAGGCCGUGAAGGAGAUCUACAGCGAGAAUGCCGUGGCCGUCAGGGAGUACGGGACCAUCGAUGAUGUGGACAUCGACCUCCAUGUGAACAUCAGCUUCCUCGAUGAGGAGGUGGCGACGGCAUGGAAGGUGCUGCGGACGGAGCCCAUCGUCCUCCGCCUGCGCUUCUCCCUCUCCCAGUACCUCGAUGGCCCUGAACCGUCCAUCGAGGUUUUCCAGCCGUCCAACAAGGAGGGCUUCGGGCUGGGUCUACAGCUGAAGAAGAUCCUGGGCAUGUUCACAUCCCAGCAAUGGAAACAUCUCAGCAAUGAUUUCCUGAAGACCCAGCAGGAGAAGCGGCACAGUUGGUUCAAGACGAGUGGCACCAUCAAGAAGUUCCGUGCUGGCCUCAGCAUCUUCUCCCCCAUCCCCAAGUCUCCCAGCUUCCCCGUCAUCCAAGACUCGGUGCUGAAAGGCAAACUGGGCAUCCCUGAGGCUCGUGUCAACCGCCUGAUGAACCGCUCCGUGUCCUGUAUGGUGAAGAACCCCAAGGUGGAGGUUUUCGGCUACCCCCCCCCCAGCACCCAGGCAGGUGUCGCCCCCUUCAACAUCCUGGUCGGCGGCCACUGCAAGAACGUCCCAACGUUGGAGUACGGCUUCCUCGUCCAGAUCAUGAAGUACGCGGAGCAGCGGAUCCCGACGCUCAAUGAGUACUGUGUAGUGUGCGACGAGCAGCAUGUCUUCCAGAACGGCUCCAUGCUCAAGCCAGCAGUGUGCACCCGCGAGCUCUGUGUCUUCUCCUUCUACACCCUGGGCGUCAUGUCCGGUGCGGCAGAGGAGGUGGCCACAGGUGCUGAGGUGGUGGACCUGCUGGUGGCCAUGUGCCGCGCUGCCCUGGAGUCCCCUCGCAAGAGCAUCAUCUUCGAGCCUUACCCGUCUGUGGUGGACCCCAACGACCCCAAAACACUUGCCUUCAACCCCAAGAAGAAGAACUACGAGCGGCUGCAGAAGGCCCUGGACAGCGUCAUGUCCAUCCGGGAGAUGACCCAGGGGUCCUACCUGGAGAUCAAGAAGCAGAUGGACAAGCUGGACCCCCUGGCCCAUCCCCUCCUGCAGUGGAUAAUCUCCAGCAACAGAUCCCACAUUGUCAAGCUGCCUCUCAGCAGGCAGCUGAAGUUCAUGCACACCUCGCACCAGUUCCUCCUGCUCAGCAGCCCCCCAGCCAAGGAAGCGCGGUUCCGCACCGCCAAGAAGCUCUAUGGCAGCACCUUCGCUUUCCACGGCUCUCACAUUGAGAACUGGCAUUCCAUCCUCCGCAACGGGCUGGUCAACGCUUCCUACACCAAACUGCAGGUAACGCUCCCAGGGCCGGACCUGCUCCCCAGGGCAGGCAGGGAGGGAUGCAGCAGGGAGGGAUGCAGGCAAGGAGGGAUGCAGGCAUGUGAAAUGCUGCCUGCAGAGGCCAGGCUGCCUCCACCACCGUGCCUAAGCUCGGGUGACCCUGUGGUGCUCACCCUGGUGUUUCCCUGCAAGCUGCAUGGAGCAGCCUAUGGGAAGGGCAUCUAUCUGAGCCCCAUCUCCAGUAUUUCCUUUGGAUACUCAGGGAUGGGGAAAGGGCAGCACCGGAUGCCUUCAAAGGACGAGCUGGUGCAGCGGUACAACCGGAUGAACACCAUCCCGCAGACACGCUCCAUCCAGUCCCGCUUCCUCCAGAGCCGCAACCUGAACUGCAUCGCGCUGUGUGAAGUCAUCACCUCCAAGGACCUGCAGAAACACGGCAACAUCUGGGUCUGCCCUGUCUCGGACCACGUCUGCACCCGCUUCUUCUUUGUGUAUGAAGAUGGCCAAGUGGGAGAUGCCAAUAUCAAUACUCAGGACCCCAAAAUCCAGAAGGAGAUCAUGCGUGUGAUCGGGACUCAGGUGUACACAAACUGAGCGGUGGGACCCCCUGGGACCACCCGGCACCGAGUGAAGCCUUGGGGGCUGGGGAAGGACGCGCAGGUUUCAAGGCUGAGAUGGAGCCAACACCGGCGGCUCCCCCUGUCCGUAAUGUCCAGCAUCCAGCAAGCACGAGGCAGGUUCAGUGGUCCCUUGUCCCCUCCCCGUCCUGUCCCCCAGCAUUCCCAACCCCAUGGCAGUGCGGAGGAGCUGCAGGGGCUGGCAUGGCCGGUGGCCGCCCCUCCUGGCGCUGGCAGCAACAGGGGUUUUACUGACAAUGAGAAACUGAAGCAAAAAAACCAACCAUGAACCAACAAACCAAACCCAA